CACCGGUACCCGCUGGUGGAAUGACGUAUCACAGUGCAAUAAGCUUUGUCAACAGUUGACUCCAACAAUCCGUAUAAAGACUGCUCCGCGAAGCUGAGCUACAUUUCAGAACCAUGGAGAGCUCUCGCUUUUUCGCCCUGCUUGGAGCCGCUUUGUUGUUGCUUGCGGGAGUCCGCGGUCAGGAAGAAGGCGAACUUCAAUCCCGAGCUUUGGAUCUCUAUUCCACCAUGGAGGAAACGUCCCACGAAAAGGAACUGAUUGAAGCACUGCAGGAAGUCCUGGAGAAGCUGAAAAGCAAACGUCUCCCACAUUAUGAAAAGAAGUAUGGUCAAGUUCCCAUGUGUGAUGCAGGAGAGCAGUGUGCUGUGAGAAAAGGUGCCAGGAUUGGAAAACUCUGUGACUGUCCCAGAGGAACAUCUUGCAAUAAUUUUCUCUUGAAGUGCUUGUAAAGUCAA